AUCAUAUUGUCUUUCUGUUCCAAACUUGUAAACAUAAUGGAAUUUUUGAUAAAAUCCGUGAUAAAUAUUCGUUGGCUCUUCGAUACAAUCUUACGUUUAGUUCAAUCUAACUAUUUAAUAAUACUAAUUGUAAUUGGUAUAAUUUCUGUCUGCUUAUACUGGCUUUUUUUUGUGCCUUUAAAUUGGAAUAAGCAUGUUGAUGACUGGCUCUGUCAAAAAGGUGAUAAUGGGUACCGUGGAAAAUAUAAGUGCGCUACAAUCAAUCGACUACGCAAAGCACGUAAAGUUGGAGCAAAGGAGCUGCCACCUCCAUAUCCAAAUGGUUGGUACGGAAUUCUCGAAUCGUCGUCUAUUAAGCCAGGUGAAUCAACAUUUGUUUCCUGCUUGGGAGAGCAAUUUGUUGUUUUCCGCUCUGAAGAGGGUACAGCCUUUAUUCUUGACGCAUACUGCCCACAUUUAGGAGCGAACUUGGGUAUUGGUGGUCGUAUUAAUGGAGAUACUAUAAUAUGCCCAUUUCACCAGUGGAGUUUUCAAGGCACAGAUGGAUUGUGUACUAAUAUUCCCUAUAGCAAAAAUAUUCCUCCCGCUACAAGAAUAAGAAAAUGGAUAUCUACUGAACAAAAUGGUUUUGUAUUCCUCUGGUACAACGCUGAAAGUUCCGAGUUACCAUGGACUUUACCCAUAUCUCCGGAAGUUGAAAACAAUGGGUUCGUUUAUCAAGGGCGCAAUGAAUUUUUAGUAAACUGUCAUAUACAAGAAAUACCUGAAAAUGGAGCAGAUCUUGCACAUUUUAAGGCAAUACACAACGAAAGUAUUAUCGCAGGAGGAUAUAAUCCAAAGAAUAGCAUUUUUCGAUGGCUUGGACAACAUAGCUGGCAUGCGAGCUGGGAUUAUACAAGGGAAAAGCAUAUUGCCGAAAUAAGAUUAAAGCACUCAUUAAAAUUUUAUCAGAAAAUAAACCUUUUUGAAAUUGAUGUUGUAGGCAAGCAGAUUGGUCCUGCAUUCGUACAUCUGACUCUUAAGUCGUCUAUAUUUGGGGAAUGUCAAAUUUUUCAAACAGUAACUCCAAUUGAACCCUUGGUACAGAAGGUGGUUCAUAGAUUUUAUGCUACCCGAAAGAUGUCCCCAAUAUUAAAAAUCUUAAUAUACGGCGAAAGCGUUAUGUUUGAGCGUGAUAUGAAUAUGUGGAACCAAAAGCUGUAUCGCAAAUCUCCUAUUCUAGUGCCGGAAGAUGCUUCCAUUAAGAAGUUUAGAAAAUGGUAUGCCCAGUUUUACACUGAAAACAGCAAAGUUUUUGGAUUAAGGGAUAACAAUGAUUGGUAGGGAACAAAAAACUUAGCAAUAUAAUCUCAAAAGGCCGUUAGCAAAUAAAGUUUCCAUCUAAUAGGUUA